AUGGCUGCUGCUUUGUUCAGAAGAGGACCGGGAUUAUGUUUCAGGUGUAUUCACAGGGAGUUGUGCAGAGUCGUAUGGAGGCCGCAGGCUGCUCUGUUCAGCUCCAAACCAUCAGACAGAAAACUACCACGAAGAACACACAUCAAGAAAGCCAAACCUCAGCCUGCUGUCGAUGUUGCUAAACUCUUGGAGCAACUUUUCUCCCAGAGGAGGCCUGGCACAGCGCCCCCUGCUGCUGGUAAAGCUAAACCUGCCAAAGCCUCUUCCAAUCCUCCCACCACCUCCUCGGUGAAGGUCUUCACCUCAAAUGUUCCUCGUUUGUCAAAGACAGAACCGGCAGAUUCUGUCUCUCCUGCUGCUUCUACUGUUUCCAAGAAAACGACAUCUACCUCUAACACUGCGCCGCGUCCCCCUCAACCAAAAUCAGCAACUUCCGCAAACCCAAAGACUUCGUUUUCCUCUGAAACACCUAAACAGUUUCCUCUUGGUAUUAUUCAGGACAUUACUUCUGAUGGUGUUUCCGGUGUGACUGUUCCUCCAACCAGCACAAUGCCUGCGUCAUCAGGAUCAGAGGCAGCUACAGUAGAAUGCCAACCUCCAGCCGAAACAAGAGAAACCAAAGUAGAAACUGCUGCAGAGGCAGAUGAACUCACAGCUGCUCCUGUCCUGCCUUUAUCAGCUUACAUGGUAGAGAAGAACGUAGAGAAAUCAUUUGUUCCAGCUGCUACAGGAGAACCCUUGAUAGAAACUACAACAGAACCAUCAGUAGAGGCCAGCCUUCCUCCUGUAGAAACACUAGAAACGAAAGCUUCUGCUGAUGAAGGGCCAGUAGAGCCAAUUAUAGACAUCGCAGUAGAUACAGCACAUCAGGAAGUUCAAAUCACAAGCACAGAUUCAGUAGAACCCUCAAUAGAAACCACAAUAGAACCAUCAGUAGACACCGGCAUCACUCCUCGGUCUUUAAAAACCGAUGAGCUCGCCCAAACUAAAUUUAUUCUUGAUGAAAAAGCAGGGCGAAGACUCGAGGAGCUGUUGUCGGUCCGAACAGGCGUCGGAGCCGAACACAAAGCUGCAGCUGAGGCUGAGAAUUCGACCGAAGAUGAGAGUGAAACUUCAACUAAAGUUCUGUCAAAAUGGGACUCUCUGUCUGAAGAUCUUCAAGAGUUAGAAGGAGAAACCGACUCAUUGAUGAAGGAGCUUCUCUGUCAUGUCCCUGCAGCGCUUUCCAAACCUCCUGCCACGGUAAAAACAAGCUCAGCCUCUGAUCAGCCUGUGGGAGUAAGUGGAGACUCUUCUUUGCAGAUGGAGGAGAAGGCAGGUGAAGAAGAAGCCAUGACGCUGGAAUCAAUAACUUUAGCAGAAGUGAACGCCGAAGUUGGAGAUCUUGAAACCGAAGUUCUGCAAGAAACAAGUAACGCACUUGAGAAAGAAGCUAAUUUAUUAGCAAAAGAGGAGAAGAUGGAAGUUGAGACGGCAAUAGAGGAUGUUGUUUUUGAGGACACAACAGAGGCUGAGAUUUUAACUCUAGAGUCCAUCUCUGAGGCAACCGAUGCGAUAGAAGCUGAGACAUCUGUUAUGUUAGAGGCAAUGUUUGGCUCUGAGCAAGGACUGACGCAGUCACCUGACACUCUGACACCGGGACCGCAGAAUGAAAUGAUCGGUCGGGGAGCAGAAACAGAGUCCGGAGAGCAGGAAGGAGGUGUCUCUGAGGCCGUGUCUCUUGAGUCCGUGACGUUGGCUGAAGUCGAGGCCUCUUUCGCAACUCUGGAGGACCAGUCUCUGAGUGAAACCACGGCUUACCUCGAGAGUGAAGCUGAAAUUCUUGCUGGAAAGAGGAAGAAAGAGGAAGGGGAAUUAGCAGCGUCCGAUGACAUGAUUGAGGAUGUGAACGUCGAGUCACGAUCUCUGCCCGAAGCUGAUGGUCUGUCUGAAGAUCUGCAGACAGAUGCACUGAUGGAGGAGCUGCUCUUUACCGUUCCUGGGCACGUAGCAGGCAUAACAGAGCCUCAGAGGCUUAUUAAUAUUUUGGAUGCAGCAGUUGCCACGGGGUCAGAGGGCGUUGAUACAGCGGCUACAGACGCCAGUGGCUUUCCAGCUUCUCCUGCUCUGAAGGAGGUGCUGCUGGAACAGGAGCUGGUGGAGGAGGGAGCGCAGACUGAAGCCUUGGGGAAUGAAGGAGGUACAGGGACACACACAGAUUUGGAUCCGGUUCAGAGACUCGUCCUGGAGAAGAUCAGAGAAUACAACAACAUGCGCAGGUUGAGUGUAGGACCAGUGGGGGCGGGGCCAGAUUACGAGAGAUACCUGUCAGAGGAGACCGCCAAGCUCCAGAGACUUUAUGGAGGAGGAGACCUGGGCAUCUUCCCUCAGUUCACCUUCACCGAGCCCGAAAUGGACCAGGACUCUACAUGACCCAUGAAUCCUGCCUCCUGCUCUUUAUGCUCUUUGUCAGCCUCAUUAUCUCUCCUCUGUCCUCGCAUAAGAGGAAUCAUCCAAAGUUUGUUUGGGUGAUCGGCUGGUAAAAGAAAGAGAAAACAAUAUAUUCCUGUUUGU